AUGAGUAAUGAGGAGUAUAUAAUUGAUAACUUAAUCACGGAAGCUAGAUUCUUUAUUGAUCACAGAGAUGAUAACGAGACCUUUCUGAGUCAAAGUUAGGAUUCUAUAGAUAAAAUCAAUCAGAUCCUAAAGAAAAAUAUCAGGUAUGCAUAUCAAUUAUAAUCAGAUCUUCAUUUCUAGAUAUUUCAUAAGAGGUGAUCAUCAAAUAUUGUGAGGCUUGUUUGAUUGUGCCAGAUAAAGCUCAUAUCGCACAAUAAUACAUAGAUUUGUAUUUCCAAAGAAACACAUCAUAAGGGCAGUUUUACAUCCGCGCAUUAUUUAUAAAAGCUCGUCUCAUAUCAAUGAAUGGACAUGACCGUCUACUAAAGGCAGAAGACAUGAUAAAGAAUCUAAAACUCUCUCUCACAUAUGUGUAAUAAGGAUUAGAUAUCAUUUCCAAACCUGAGAAUAAAUAAAAGUAUGGUUUUCUCAUUUACAAUGCCUCUAUUUGUGUUUAUAACAUCAUUCGUCCUAUGCUAAAGCCCUAAUGGCAAUUAUCAUUUGUUGAUAUUCUGGAUAAAAUAGACAAAAUGUUCGAGGAAGUAGAUGAGGCUGAUUAUGACUGGAGAUGUCGAUUUACAUGGCUUCUUUUCUAUUGUCUGUACGAUGAUAGGAAGGCUGAUGCGUUUAAACUGUUGGAUCGUUUAUGGGAAACCACAAAGAAGAAAGGAGAUUGCGAUUUCUAAAACUCAUUAUUAAGAUUGAGAAUUCACAUUGGCAAAGAAUAUAAGUAAGCCUUGGAUUCAGCGUUCAAAGAAUCAGAAUCUGCUCCAUCAGAAAAGGCUUGGAAAUCCUUAUUUAUGCUAUAGAAGAUGAGAAGUGGAUUAAUCCCUGAGGCCUAAGUAGAAAAGGAGUUGAUCAAUUUAAUUAAUUCGAUUUCAAGUGCAGUACUUCCUGGCAAUGAAGUGGCAGCAACCAACAAACUAGCACCAGUGUUUUAGGAAAGAUUGGCUGAAUCUGGACGGGUGGCACUUCAGUAUAACUUAGUCAACAUAGCAGAUUCAAUUACAGCAUUUUUAAGUAGAGUGAGACAAUUGCAUUAGAAGGCAUACAUUUUACACGAAUACAACAAAGCAGAAUUGUUUAUCAAGAAGGCUGGUCCACUUAUCGACAAUAAAACAGGAAUGAGAUUGAAUUCUCUUUAAAUAAAGAUGUAAGAAGUUGAAAGAAGAAUUGAGGCAUUGAAAACAAUGGAAAAAGUGAUGGUCACAAAUAAGAAAUUAAACGAUCCUGAUCUAAUUUUUGAAGGUGCUGUCUUAAUAUGGAAUAUUUCCUUACCAUUUUUGAAUGCUCAAUACAGAGUUCAUGUCUACAAGGCUUUUUCUAUGGCUUGCUAAUUGUUAGAACAACUCCAAUGUGUUGACCAUGCUUUAAGAGUGAAUUUCCAUAUAGAAUUAGCCAAAAGUGACUUACAAGAAGAUUUAGCUGUUAAAGCAGAGCAACAUAUAAAGAAAGCCUUGUAACUUGAUUAUAGUGUGCCGUUGGGGAAGGUGCAAUUUAAAUAUGAUGAAGGAGAGGAUUUGGGAUUAUAUCAAAGACCAUAUGAUAAAUAUUUACGUAAUUUAGAGGAGAAGAUUAGACUGAAAUUAAAUAUUUAUCAGGAACCUAAAAACGAUAUUGAAAGAGUGAUUACUCAGUUGGAGAAUGUGUAGGCAGCUAAAUCUGAAAAUCUUAGGAUUGAUAUUUUAUAGAAGUGUUUAGGAACUAUUGUUAAUUUGUAAGAAUAAGAAUAUUGGUAUGAUACAAAAUUGGACCUUGUAGAGGAAGAGUAAAAUAGAGAAAAAGUAUUAAAGAAGCAGGAAAAUUUAUAUCAAUUUAAAUAGAAGAAAUUAUUGGCAGCUGAGAUUGCAAGACUAGCAUUUGAAUGGGAAUUUAAUGAUUUAGCAUUUAAAGCAUGCGAAUUUGUAUGUAAUGACACAUGGGAUGUUAAGAAUGCUUCAGAGAUGAUUUUGGCUUAAGUAGAAUGUUAAUAUCGAAUGGCCUAAAUGAUAAUUGAUAAUUUGAUUAAGGAUAAUUUUGAAAUUCCUUUUGCCGAUCCAAUAAGAGUAGAGGAAAAUGAGAAUGUGGAAGAGUUAAGUUAAGAAAAGAAGGAUCAAGUGUUGUCAUUAAAAAGAAAGAUGUGUUCAAAUUUUGUCAAAGGAUUGAAGUUGGCAGAUUCAAUCAAAUAAACUUGGUUAGUAUUUAAUGGGGCCAUAUACAUUUGGAAUAAUUUCUUAACGAUUUUCCGUAAUCCUAUCAAUGAUAGUAAGUUAUUGCCAGAAAUCACCAAUUUAUUGAAAGAAUUUUUUGAAAUUAUGAAGAAUUCUUUGAAGGAAAUUGAAAAAAAAUUGAUCAAUGAUUAUGAUAUCGAUACUAAGAUAUAAGUGUUAGCAAAUAUUGGAUUGGUUUACGCAAGGUUGAUGGAAGGCAAGGCACAAUACGAUGAAGUUAUGAGAGUAUGUGAAGCACUUCUACUAACACCCUUGUCUCCUCACACUCGUAAAUUGAUCAAUUCAAUCAAGGCGAGAGUGUCAGGUACUGCCAAGACUAGUGCAGCUAAGCCAGGAGCAUAAUAAGAUAAGAAGGGAACUAAAUAACCAUAGUAAUCAUCUUCAGAUAGUGUUAUCUUUGAUGUUGUUUCUUAAUUGGAAAUUAUUUAAAAUUCAACCAAUAAAGCUUAAACUUAGGAUUUGAUAAAAAAAUGCUUUGAAACUCUUGUUGGAUGGACAGCAAAAGAGAAUGAUGAGACUGAAUUAGAAUUGCAUGCUGAAUUGUGGGCAAGAUUAGCCAGAUUGUCAUUAAAUGAAGAGACGAUAUUAAUGUACAAGUAUUCAUUGAGAUGUGUUCAAUAUUCAUUACAAUUAUUGACAUCGGAUUUAUCCACUAUUCCAGCAUCAAGGUUAAGGUGGUAUUCAUUGGCUGAAUACAUAUAUAGUGAGAAUCUAUUAAGAAUGCUUAAUACAGAGACACAAGAGACUGAGUCUUAAGAAUCCUUGCUGUUUUCAAGUUUGUUCCAUGCAAUUGAAGCUGCCAAUAAAGGAUUAAAAGCAGGAAUCAAUAGUUUAGUGUUGGAUGCAUCAAAAUAGGUUUGGAAUUUAUGCGCGAGAUUGGAAGAAAGUGCUUAAAAUAGAAAACACUUGAUUAAGCCAGUCUAUUCUUGUUUGAAUUAUUUGAAAGAAUGCAAGGAAAAGAGUGAACCUGAUCUCGUGUUGUUGCUAGCCUAAUUGCUCUUUAAAAGUGCUUUAGAAAAUGAAGAUUACAAGUUAGGAGAAAUGGCAGCUGAUAUGGUAUUUGAGUUAGUGCCCAAAAAUAUGGCCAAACCUAUUUGGGAAGCCAAAAUGAUCUUUAUGAGCAAAUAAGGCAAGAAUGAAUUGCAAGCAAUUGUCAAUAUGAAAGAAGCAGAUGCAUCUCUCUAAGCCAAGGUUUGGAUCAGAUUAGCCAGAGUUUCGAAUAAUCUUUAUAAAUAAUAUACUGCCUAUAAUAAAGCCAUUGAAUUAUUGAAGAAGGAUUCAUCUGUGGAAAUUGUUGAGGUCUUGAUAGAAUUUUCUGAAUGGUUACUCAGGAAUGGAAAUGAAAAGUAAUUAGUAAUUGAAAAUUUAAUGCAAGCAGCAGAUACUUUAAUUGAAAUUGAAAUGGAGGAUGAUGAAGAAGAGGAAGAAGGAGAUGAAGAACAGAACUCAUCAACCAUUUUCAGUAGAAGUACAAGAGGCAAAAAAUCAACUGUUUCUAAAUAAUCAAAACAAAAGUCUAAAAUGACUAAGAAAACCACUAAGAACACUGUUAAAUAAAAUAAAAGUAAAGAAUAAAAAUCAUAAAUAUCUGGUUAAAAAUCAAGUAAUUAAAGAUUUUCAAGGGCUGCUAAUGUUAGAACAACAACAAUCAAAAGCAAUAAACAGAAAUCAAAAAUAUUUAGACCAAGAGAGGAGGAAGCCAAUCCCAAUAGAUUGAAUUGUGCUCAUUAUGAACGAUUAAUGAGAAUCCAUAUCAUGCUAGCCAUGAUUGCUGAUACAAUGGAAUAAUCUAUUCAAUUUGCUAUCGAUGCUAAAGUAUUUUUGAUCAAAAUCAUUGAAAUCUCAUUUUAAACUAUGAAUGAAUUUGAAGAAAAUGCUGCUAAGUAUACAAAUAUCAUUGACGAAAAAACAAGCAAACAAUAAUAGUAAUAGCCUAAACCUCAAUAAUAAGAUGAUUUCUCGCCUAGAUACCUGUUACCUACUUGCAUCCAGGAUUGGAUCAAAUUGUAAUUUAGUAAAGAAUUCCUAGAAAGAGUAAAAAGCUAUGAAGAUUUUAACUUUAUGGGCAAGUACUUAUUUGAUAAGGCUUAAUUGACUUACACCUACAUAAACAAUCUUAUGAGCAUAUUUGAAAAAUACGGUCUCUAAAUUCAUAACAUACCUAUCUUUGUAUUUUAGAAGUUCUUUGUUAAGGAAAUAUUGAAUAAUUCUUAUUUAGAUAGAUUAAUUGAUGUCAAAUUUAGCAAAUGCCUACACUUAGUAGGAUUUCACAGCGAGGCCGAUUAAAUGUAUCAACAAUCAAAUAUUGUUAAAUUUAAACUUACAGAAUAAGAGAAAAAGUAAUUGCUAGCGAAAACUGAAUCCAGUGUUUUGCAAUAAAAUCGAUCAAGACCUGCAGAUAUAAUGGAGCAGAAUCUACCUUAAGCCAAUAUUAUUAGUGAGAUCUUUGUCUACACAAUUCUAACAGAUUUAGGAAAUGAGUUAAUAUUCUAGGGAGAGAUAUAUAGAGCCAAAGAAUUAUUGGCUGAAUCCCAUAAGCAUGCUAAAAUAGUCUCAGAUUUAGAGUUAAUGGGUAGAAUCUUAUGUCUUCAAGGUCAAAUUGCAUUCCUUGAAGGGGAAUUCAAAGAUUCAAUUGAAAAUCAUAAACUAUCUCACAAAUUGAUUAAAAAUGUUAGUUAAUGGGAGAUCUCUUCUAUUGAGACAUACAAAACCUUAUAUAAACUUGGUAAAUAUGAUGACAUAAGACAAUUUUUAAAAUAGAUUACAGAAGUGUUGUUAGAAGUCUUAAAUAAACCCAACUAUUAGCCUAAUAAAUUGUAGAUUUAUCAAACAUUAACUACUUUGUAUAUUUUGCAAUCAAAAAUAUCGGCAAAAGACUUAUUUAAAGAAUUUUCUUAUGAAGCAUUUAAAUUAAUAGUAGAGAACUUGGAAAAAUCAUUGAAGUGUAUUUAACAUGGUGGGUUUAUGACACAUUAGGUGGAGCUCAUCAUUAAUUUAGUCAAUAAAAUUCUAAUUUUUAUUCGAAAUAGAAAUUAUACUAAAAUAGACUAAGUGGAAAUCUAUUUUAAAAUACUCUAAAGAUUACAAAAUUCUAUAUUGAAACCGCUAGAGUAAUAGAGUAGAUCACUAUUAAAGUAUACUUUAUUAAUUGAGAAAGAAUAAGAAUCUAUAAGAUCUCCAAUAAUGGAUUAAUAAGCAAAAAUAAGAGUGAUAAUGGCAUCUUGUUUCAUUGAGAUGGGAUUAAUCAAAUGGUUAAGAAAGCAAUAAUCAUUACCUGAUCUCUAAGGGUCUGACGAUGAUAAUAAUAAUGAUUAAUAAGAAGAUAAGCCAAUCGAAUAGUUAAGUAACUAUGAACCUCUUUAGAAAUUCUUAACUUAAUUAACAAUUAAGAUUUAAAGAGCAAUUCAGCCAUUGCCUUAACGAUUGGAGUCUUUUGAAAAGGCUACUGCUAUUUUGAUAUCUACCUUGAAACAGUUAAAAAAAGAUUCAUUUUGGUACACUAUUGCUGAAAUUGAAUUAGUAAGAGCCAAACGAUUCUUGGCAAUCAGUAAACAGUAAUUGGAUGAUGUUUGGGAUGCACCAUCAUUGUCUUAAGAUCAAAUACCUUAAUAAAACGAAGAAGAUAAUAUGUUUGAUUACAAGACAGAUGCUUUGCAAAGUGCACUCAAACUAAUUAAAGAUCUAGAAUCAAAGGGAUUCAAUGUGCUUAAAGCAAAAGGAGACAAUCAAACCAUCCCAUUGGAAUGGAGUAUAUUUGGAUUCAAAUAAAUGAACUUUUACUUGAAAAUGUUAUAUGAGUCAGCAUUAGACAUAUUAGGAAUUAAAAGUCCUGAGAUUUCAUAUGAUUACAUGUGUAAGUUCUAACACUUUUCAUUUUGCGAAUAAAUGUUUAAUAUGGUCAGACAAUCCUUCUUUGGAAAACAUAAGAUGAUAGUUUACAUCAGACUGAUUAAGAUGAUCAAUGCAGAAUGUGGUUACUUGAGUUUAGAAGCAAUAAAAUUGCUCACAGAGGCUAAUAAAUUAUGGGAUAAUCUUAUGAUAUUUCCAUUAACAGAAUUGUAAUCGUAAUUGCAAUAAAGUGCUGGUUUCUUCAUAAUGCAGAUGAGUCAAAAUAAGACUUGUUUGUAUUUAGGAUAUUUACAUAACACGAAAUCUCCAGUUUAUAAGGUGUAACGAUUGCCCCUUGAUUCUAAAAGCCAUGAUUAGAUGAAUCAAAUGAAAUCUAAUUUAGAUUAGAUUAAAAAUAAUCUGAUCAAGACUCCUAUAAUUUAAUAAUAGGAUUUCAUCAAAUUGGAAGAUGAUAUGGAGAAGGAAUAUGGUAAAUAUUGCUAAGAAGUGGAAUCAUUCAUGAGUUUUGUAGCCUAGAUGAUUGAUGAGAAUAUAAACACACAGGAAGAAGUGCCACCACCCGUAAUUGAUCCUAAAGCUCCUCCUCCCAAAAAGGAUUAAGGUAAAUAAACAAAGGGGAAACCUGGUAAAGAUGAAUUGGCCCAAUACGAAUCCACUUUAGAAUAGGCUCCUGGCAAGAUUGACACAGUAGUCUUAUUGCUGGAUCCUAAAUUCUUUGAUUAUCCAGUUGAAUAAUUGAGUGUAUUCUAUAAAGUGGCUGCAAUGUCUAGAGACUUUAGCAUGUCUGUAUACGUGAGAAGAUUAAAGAGUGUUGGUUUUUAAGUUCAGUUGAAUAAUAGUUAGAAGGGAAUUGAAAAAGAUAAACUGAAAUAUUUGACUUACGAUUUCAAAACAGAGGAUUAGGAUUUGAAUUUAGACGAAUUUAACCUAUAGAAAACAUUGACAGAAGUAUAAAAAACAACACCCCAACUGAAAUUUGAAGGAGUAUAAUUUUCGUAUUAUAUUUUAGACUUUCUCUUAAAGUAGAUUGGCAUCAUUAGGUGAGUUGUAAAAGUACUCCUAGACAGGUUCUUCAAUCCUCUGGUAUGGGUCUCCUGGAGUGUUGAAUAUCUUGUCCUCCAAAGUAAUAAUUGAUCUUUCAGAAAUAAACACUUCAAAGUUUUGGGUCAUAUUUGAUAAGAUGAAUGCGAAGAAGAGUUUGAUAGAAAAGUUCACUUCUUUGGAUCCAGAUGGAGAGAAAACCCACAUUUUAGAAUAGAGUUUCAAGAUCUCUGUUUUUUUGACUCUCAUUGAUGUUAGUACUAUUUUAACCACGUAAUGGUCUCCCUAGACAGUUGAGUAUCUGAGAGCAUUUGAGAAUUUGAUCAAGCAAUUAACUGAAGAUAUUUAUGUUGCUGCUUGUUUACAGAAAUAUAAAGUAUUGAUCUAAUGCUAAUUGUGAUAGGCUCCGAUCAUUAAAUAUGAGGAUGAGAAUGGAAAUAUAAUUGAGAAGAAACCUUAGCCAGUCGAGGUUAAGAAAGGAGCCAAAGCCGAGCCAGUUUAAGAUACUUCAAAUUGGAAGGAAAUUUAGAUCGAGAAAAAGCGUAUCUAUACUCAUAAUUUUGUAUUCGUGGGUUUGCCUAAUUUAAGACUGAUUUGAUUUAUUUUUAUU